AUACGUUCACUGAAACCUCCCUUCCUGCUGUUCCUGUUGAGAGCUGUUCCUGUUGAGAGCUGUUCCUGUUGAGAGCCGUUCCUGUUGAGAGCUGUUCCUGUUGUGAGCUGUUAAAGUUGACAGCCGUUCCUGUUAAAAUAUUUUACGUCUUUUCGUCAAAAUGGUGCUAGCUAACAGAGGUCAACUCAGGUCAGAGUCUAACAAGCCUCAACUGACUAACUUGGUGACUGUGGCUGCGGCUGCGGUCCUGCGGUUAUUGACGGCUGCGGCAAGGCGAAGAACGUGGAAAAAAGACAAGAUGCAAUUGAUAAUUAUUGUACAGACACAUAUUCCGUCCCACCUCCGCCAGCGACUACAGGAACGAGUGUUGUACGACUGGCGACUGUACGACACGGUCUCCCUACGACUAUUAGAGCUGGUCUUCUCCUCUACGACCUCCUCACUACGACUACACCACGUCAGGGCCUUCUUCAGGGACGACUUGACGAGACUGUUGGUACGACUCUCUGGCCUUCAGGAGCUGAUGAUACAGGACCCGACUUGGUCACUUAGCACCCAUCAGCUGACACUGGUUGCUGACGCCCUCACCAAGAUGACCUGCCUGAGGGUGCUGACGCUACAGUACUGUACCCACAACAAGCUGCUGGCUGCCCUGGCUGACACCUGUACCAGCUUACAGGUACUUGACAUCCGUGGGUCUGGUAACGUAGAUGACUUUGGCGUGUGGAGUUUAUUGACUGUUCUUCACGCCCCCAACGCACUCAACACUCACCUCAACGCACUCAACGCACUCACACCUCACGCCUCCCACUCCAAGGUCAACCUCACCUUAGGCAGCUGCUGGGUGUCGGCCUUCAAGAGCUUGUCCUCGAAGAUGUCUGGUCUAGGAAGGUCAACCUCGAAGGUGAACGAGGAGAAUGACAUCACGAUGAGCAUUGAGGAGCGCCAGAGAGCGUGGAGCAUCUGCCGUUCAACGCUCCUCUACGUCGACCUACGCUCAACCGCGUCACCAGCGUGGGCGUGGCUAUGCUCACCCACGCCCUCCCCGCUCAUGCUCGCCUGGUACACGACGCCCACACCGCCCACACCACGCCCAUAGGUUCCUCAAUGCUCUCCACUCCUAGAGCGCCCAUCAGGUAGACCACGCCCACCAAGACACGCCCAUCUAGUACAACA